CUGGCUCUCUUUUGUGUCAACUAGGUUGAAUUGACAGACGGAGGGUUUGUGUGUCCUGGACCGGCAGUAAAAUGAGCAUGGCUUAGUUUGUUUACGAGAGCUAAUAAUGAUGUGCUUUUAUUAACAUGGAUGGUACUGUCAAACGACAAGAGAUCCUCAGUUUCGACGACUACAAAGAGAGCAAGCACAUGAUGAGUGAGAAGGUGUCAACUUUACUAUCAGGAGCGGCAUAAUUACGGAUGUAUAUGAGCUCUGAAUAAAGAGGUGCGAACUCCGGGGUAUGAAGACUCCGAUAUUCCGAUUUGAUUACAACCGUGACUGCGGCCUGAUCUGCUUUGAGGAUAUCUCCAAGCAAGUCCAUAAAACGAGACUCAUUUAGAUUAUAGUGGGAUGUUUUUCCUUCUCGUUUUCAUCUUGGAUUGGGCAUAAAUCUUCGAAUGACUUUACAUAACAACUUUAACAUAUACCAAAAACUUCACGUCGUGUAGCGGUUAUUGGUAAACCACUUAAUCGCUGUGUACAACCCAUGGACAGAACAUUAGUGGAAACAAAUUACCAUCCUGUACAUUAAUAGGGACUAGGGCACCGCUACUCACUGCCUGGGUUAACAGUCAGGAUAUUUAUUUAUCACCGACAGAUCAACAAAAAGAUCACGCUGGUGAUGAAAUUUAACGCCAUUUGUUUUAUCUAGCUCUGGUUAUCAUAUUUUCAAUUUUCAUGAAUUUAUAUUCUUGAAAGACAUUUUCCAGAAACUUGUUUAAUUGAUUCGCAUCCCGAGACUUUAUCAUGUGAGCUUAUAAAACUAAAUUACAGACCAGACGCUCUAAUAACUUAUAUUGGAAAGGAACCACACUUUGAUGGAUUUUAUCUUCUCAGAUUAAAAUGAGAGAAAGUUUUGCAAGAAGACCACGUCUUGAAAUAUCUACAGCCCACUUUGUCUCUUGAUAAACGAGGGAAAAAUCAUAUUGGGGAAAAAGAGACGCUGAGUUUAAUUGGCGACGCGUGCCUUGUGAAGAACGCGGGAUGAAACGUUACUAUGAAAGGAUCGACGCAUUUGGACGCAUCAGCAUGCCGUAAAGUUCUGUUAAAAGUACUUUUCAUCUUUGUGUUCGUGGACCAUUCUAGGACCCAGUUGAUAGGAAGCAUACGACGGUGUGAGAAAAACGGUGAAGAGAUUUCCAUCCCAAAUAUUACGGAUAACCCUUGUAUAUCUUGUUUUUGUAAGAAUAAAGAGGUCACGUGUCGGCGGACUCAGUGUCCUAACUUAGAAGGCUGUCACAUGAUACUGUAUGAAAAUUUACAAGAGAAACGCAAGUGUUGCGAGAUGUGUAAAGGUUGUGUGUACAAGAAUUCCAAGUACUCCAGUGGGGAGGAGUGGACGAGCCCAGACGAUCCAUGUGUUAAGCUUUCCUGCAGGGCAGGAGUUAUAACGAGUGGCAGAACCAAAUGCUUCAACCAUUGCAAGAAUCCUAUCCCAGUACCAGGAAAAUGUUGUCCCAUUUGCCAAGGUUGCAAUGACAACGGUAGAAGUUAUAAGAAUGGUGAAGAGUUCACUCUCAGCACAGAUACAUGCACAAAAUGCAUAUGUCAGAAUGGUAAUAUAUCGUGUACAAAAGAAGCUUGCCCGGUGUUGAAUUGUCCAGAAUCCACAAUCAUACAAAAAGAAAACGAAUGUUGUCCUUCAUGUGAAGGGCAGAGAAGAAUUUUCAAUUUGCCUGCUGGAUUCUGUUUCUUUCAAAAGAAAAUCUACAAAACAAACGAUGUCUUCAGAGUGGGAGAAUGUUCUCAGUGCCAAUGUUCGAUGGGAACCAUUGUUUGUGAUAGGGAAACGUGCCCGCCUAUCACAUGUAGUUUCAACAUGACAGUAAAGCGAGAGAAUUCCUGUUGUCGAGUCUGUCCACAGAAGGAAUUCUGUGAAUACGAGGGAGCUACAUUCCAGGAUUCGGAAGUGUGGCAGCCUAAUAUUUGCACCAAGUGUUCCUGUGAUGAUGGAACCACACGCUGUCGAGUUCAACAGUGCAAGAUGUCCGCCUGGUGCCGAGCGGGUUAUAGAUUAAAAUAUGUGGACGGGGAAUGCUGUCCAAAAUGUGUAGAAGCGAAUGGAAUCUGCACAGUAUUUGGUGAUCCACAUUACAGGACAUUUGACGGCAGGAUAUAUAAUUUUCAGGGAGCAUGUAAAUAUUUAUUGGCAGAGGACGAAGUGAGCAAAAAGUUUUCUGUGACGGUCCGAAAUGACGCUCGUUCAUCUCCGUGGUUUACAUGGACGCGAAUGUUGACAAUAUUCAUAGGGAAGACCAAGAUCGGGCUUCAUCAAAAGUUAACCGUCAAAGUUAAUAGGAAGAGAAUCAAACUCCCUCAUAAGAACAAAGAUCCUGAAUUUUCUGUACACAAGGAUGGGAAUUCGGUGAUAUUCAAGGCAGUGUUUGGAUUGCAAAUCGUAUGGGAUGGUGAUAGCUUUGUCGAAGUGACUGUGUCCAGUCAGUAUAAACGGCGCAUGGCUGGUCUUUGUGGCAAUUAUAACGGGGUUGGUGCUGAUGACCUUACGGGUAGGGACCAUAAACUGUAUUUAGACAGUGAGGAAUUUGGAAACACCUGGCGGGUUGGAAGCAAGGCCGCUUGUGUACUUACUCAUAAAGAUUCCGAACAGUCAUCAUUAUGUGAUGGUGACAAGCGAAGGAGAAAACGAGCCCAGGCGACAUGUAGUUUUCUGCUAGGAAGUGUGUUCUCAAAAUGCCGACGACGAGUAGACGUGAGGACAUAUUAUAGUUCUUGUAUAUCGGAUAUGUGUGAUUGUCCGAAAGACAAAAUGUGCGCAUGCGAAUCUUUCAAAGCAUACUCACGCGCAUGCCUACGGGAGAAUGUUAGCAUCCGGUGGGAGAAACACAUACUAUGUCCAAAUCGAUGCCCAAGAGGAGCGAUUUUCAAAAACUGCACCCGACGUUGCUCCAAGACAUGCGCAGAUCCAAAGAAGAGUGGUCAUUGCAGAGACAGGUGCCAGCCGGCGUGUAUCUGUCCCGGAAAACGGGUACUUCAUAACGGGAAAUGUAUAGCACCAAAUACGUGUCCUGGUGUAUCAUAGUCCGUCCAUUUAUUGUGUUUUUAACUUUAUUUAUUUGCCAGUAUGCAUUACUUUAAUGCGAUUUGUUUGUUUUUCAUUUCUGAGAAUUAAAAAAAAGAAGUGGA